AUGAGUGGCUGUUCACAAUUCAAGAGCGAGAAAGAAGGACAAAUUGAUGAAAAAAAAGAUAAAAUUCACAUUGGAAGGAUUCGAGUCAAAUCUGAUAUACAAUUAAUAGAAGAAAACAAAAUUCUCAAUGUUAGAAGUUUGAAAGAUAAUCCUGAAGUGGAUGCUGGAAACUUGACAGCAGAAUCCGAUAUUAAAAUUUUAAGAUCAAGAAAAGUUAUUCCUGAAGAAGAAGAUGAAGAUGAAGGGGACGAUAAUGAAGAGGAGUAUAAAGAAGAAAAGGAUGAUGACGAGGAUGACGAUGACGAGGAGGAAUAUUCUGUACCAGUAAUUAGAGGAAGAAGAGGCAGACGAAGAACUUUCAUCUAUAAACAGCCUGUCUAUAAACGACAAACGGCUGUAAAUGAAAAAGGAGUGAAUUAUCCGAAAGAGGAACAAGAAAUGCAGCAAGAAUAUUCCCCACGAAGAAGUAAAGCAUCAAAAAGAAGAGGAAGAGGUAGAACUUUCAUCUACGCUCAAAAUACUGGCAAUCCAUCUAGGAAAGAAGAAAAUUUACCUGAAUCUGCAAACGAAAUAAUUGACAUUGACAUACCGGAACAUCUCCGAAUCGAAAGAGUAGGCAGACCUAGAGCAUUUCUCUAUAAACAAAGCACUAGCACUGUCCCUGCGACUAAAACCGAAGUUAUUGAAGACUAUCAAAACCUUUGGGAACUCAUUCCGACACGAACGAAUGUUCCGAAGAAAAGAAGAGGAAGACCAAGUGAAGGUCCCUAUAUUUGUGGGAAUUGCGGAAAAUUGUUUCACUUGAAAAUUCGUUUCUCAGAACAUCAGAGAAAAGAAUGUGGUGGACGUUCGCCAUCGAAAAAGCGACGAGAAAAAAAAUAUUCCUGUUCAACUUGUAAUCGUUGCUAUGUUAAUUAUCGUGAUUUAGUGAGACAUCAACGUUACAUUUGUCAGAAGGAGCCGCAAUUUGCUUGCAAUUAUUGUGAUCGUAAAUUUUAUCAUCGCUAUCGACUCACUUAUCAUUUAGUGAGCCUACAUCCUGGCGAAGGUAAAAAUUCUAGAGAUUUAAUAUGGAGAUACACUUUCCUCCACCUGAGAACGCCAAGGUCACCGGCAGAUGGCAGCAAAAAUUCCAAGAAGUCCUUGGACUUCUUGGAAUUUUUGCUGCCAUCUGCCGACGGAUGUUGGUUGAGCUCACCUUCAGUGUCUGGCUAUUAUGUAAAUCAAGACCUAUCGUGUCAAGAUGGCCAAGGACAAAAAAUCCGAUAUCACUGUCCAAAUUGUGACAAAUCAUAUUCCCAAGAAGGCAAUCUAAAGAGGCACAGAAAAAUGGAGUGCGGCGGAAAAAAGACUUUUGUUUGCAAUAUUUGCCAGCGUGGUUUCACUCGGAAAUUAAAUUUGCAACAGCAUUUAUUCAGACAAACUUUUUUGAAUUUAUUCGGAAAUCAACCGAAUCAAGAGAGGAGAUUUGGUAAAAGUGACGAAUCUUCAAACAAGAGGAGAUUUCAGUGUCCAAAUUGUGAAAAGUCCUAUACUUUGCAGCACAAUUUGGCGAAACACAUGCGACUCGAGUGUGGAGGACAGUUUUAUCUUCAGCUUUAUUGCGACACAUUACCACGUGACGUUUGGCAUCGCUGCAAGACUGAUCUUUUGUGUUUGAAAUGUAAAAAACCGUACAGCGAUUGGCGAAGUCUGAGAAAGCAUAUGAACUACUUUUGCAAAAUGGAACCACUUUAUCCCUGUCCUUUUUGUACUCACAGAGCGAGACUCAACACUUUACUGAAAUAUCACAUUAUCAAAGAACAUUCAUCAUUUGUAGACGUUAAUGCUUUAUAG